AUGCGUCCAAAGCAUCCAAGGCAAGAUGGAGACAGCUUAGCUUUCGUAUACGUACUGUCUAUAGGAGCGGCGACAAUGUCAGAAUUAGUGGCUGCUUCCAAAUUAAACGAUAACAGGCUUACUUCAAAACGUAGAUUAAAGCAUGUAUUACUAGAAACCUACUUAAAGACAGUAACUUUCCCGUUAGAUUUAACCAAGACCCGAUUAAUAAUUCAAGGUGAAGGAGUUGAUAAAGAUUUAGCCAAAAGGCAAUACCGUGGUAUGGCCAAAACACUAGCUAGUGUGGUUAAAGAAGAAGGAUUUCUAAGUUUGUACAAAGGUGUAACUCCUGGGAUUCUAAGGCAUGUUGUUUACUCCGGCGUCCGCAUGGUCACUUACGAAUACAUACGUGAAAAUAUUUUAGGCAAACGAGAAGAUGGCAUAUAUCCUCUUUGGAAAGCUGUUAUAUCCGGUAUGACUGCUGGUGCUAUAGGCCAGUUCUUAGCUAAUCCAACGGAUGUUAUUAAAAUUCAGAUGCAAAUGGAAGGAAAGAGAAUCCGCGAAGGCAAAACUCCCAGGUAUCGUGGAACGUUCGAUGCAUUCAGCAAGUUAUAUCGGAGCGGUGGUAUUCGCGGUUUGUGGUUGGGAUGGGGCCCGAAUGCUACAAGAGCAUCAUUAGUUACCAUGGGAGAUUUAACUACAUAUGAUACGGUUAAACAUUGGUUAUUACUAAAAACGACAUUGAUCGAUAACUGGGCCCUUCAUUUGAUAUCAAGCGGGUGCUCUAGCUUAGUAGCUGCUGUACUAGCAAUGCCUGUGGAUGUUGUCAAGACCAGGAUAAUGAAUCAAAAUAUAGUCACUCCAAAGGAAGGUCAAGUAAUCUACAGUUCAGUUAUCGAUUGCUUAACCAAGACGGUUAAAAACGAAGGAUUAUCGGCUUUAUAUAAGGGUUUUUUUCCAACAUGGUUACGAAUGUGUCCAUGGUCGCUAACAUUCUGGUUUACUUAUGAAGAGAUACGAAAACUAUGUGGUACUCCAUCCUUUUAG